GGGGGGAGAGACAGUGACAAGGACGACGCGAGCGAGAAAGAAAGGGGAGGGGAGCUGACAGAACAGCAACACAACAAGGAAACUCCACUGCGGAGCCGCAGACGCCUUCAUUUUAUGUUUUUGAAUAAUAGCCGCAGCCACUGUGGCUCAGUGUCCCCGCACCGCUGUAGCCACAGCCGCCGGUGGCCUGAAAAACAAGCCGCUUUCUCCAGCGAGUUGGAGCUAAACGCACCGCGACGCGUUCACGGACAUGGACUCAGAGCCACCCAGCUCUCCACAGGCGGUGGAGGAUGGAGGUGAGGAGGAUGAGGAGGAGCUGAGCGGAGGAGAGGAGACUGAUCUGAGGUCCAGUUCUGGUCGGGGCUCCCUGCUAACUCGCAGGGGCAUAACCCUCAGAGUGCUGCUGAAGGAUGGGCUGGUGGAGCCUGGGGACGGAGUCCUGGCCAUUCACUACCUGGGGAAGAACUUUGUUGGAGACCUGUUGAAUGACGGAAAGAUCCGAUGGGUGGAGACGGGUCAGAUCUUCAACUCACCCAGUGCCUGGGCGACACACUGCAAACGUCUGGUCAACCCGGCCAAGAAGUCCGGCUGUGGCUGGGCGUCGGUGCGAUACCGGGGACAGAAACUGGCCCAGUAUAAAACCACCUGGCUGCACAAGUACCAGCCCAGCGCUGACAUGAGCCUGGUGAGUGAGGAGGACGAUGACGAAGACGAAGAAGAAGCAGAUGAGAAGAACAAGAAUUCGAAACCUGGAGUAAAUGAUUUGGUGGUUUCAAGGCGAACAGACAGAGAGAGAAUCCCAGUCAGAUAUUGCACCUUAGGCACCAGAGAUGCUUCCAGGGAUCCCCUCACACUGGUGGAGCUGUCUGCCUUCUCGGCAAUCAACCGAUUUCAGCCGUUCAACGUGGCCGUGUCCAGUAACGUCCUGCUGCUCAUGGACUUCCAUUGUCACCUGACCACCAGUGAGGUGGUGGGAUACCUCGGAGGACGCUGGGAUACAAACACACAACUGCUGACUGUGAGAGCUUUUCCCUGUCGCACCAGACUUGGAGACAGAGACGCUGCGUCUGCUGUUGAGGAGGAGAUCUGUCAGAACCUGUUCAUGCGGGGUCUGUCUUUGGUCGGUUGGUACCACAGCCACCCACGAGGUCCAGCUCUGCCAUCACUGCAGGACAUCGACUCCCAGAUGGACCACCAGCUCAGGCUGCAGGGCUCCAACAAUGGCUUUCAACCCUGUCUAGGCGUCAUCUGUGGUCCAUAUUAUCACGGUAACCAAGGCGUGGCAUCCACAAUAACUCCAUUCUGGGUCGUACCACCACCUGAGCAACGGCCAAACGACUACGGCAUCCCGGUGGCUGUCGAGGUCACCUACGUCCAGGACAACUUUCUCACCAGUGAUGUUCUGAACGAAAUGAUGUUGCUGGUGGACUACUACAGAAGUGCUCCUGACCUGGUUCAGUUCAGCCAGUAUUGGUGUCCUGAUACCACCAUGUUGGACAAGAUAAAGGGCUCACUGAGCUGCCACGCACCCAAAGAUCAGGCCUACUCCCAGAUCCUGGAGCACGUCUACAGUCAGCUGAACAACAUGCAAAGCUAGAGGGUCUGCAGCGCUCUGCACACGAUCACAUGGCUGACUCUCCAUCUGGAUCUGUUCUGUUUAGAACACGCUCUGUGCAGAUGAAGACAUAAGGGGAAACAAUGACCUCAUGUACAUCAUGUCCAGUACAGUGAUUCUCAACCACUGUGCUGCGAGAGAUCAUCAGGUGUACCGUAAAUUAUCCGAUUUCAAUAUUAUUAUUUAUUUACUGCUAAUUAUUCUUCUAUGAGUGACAGGCAGAACAUUUUAAUACGCUCUCUCUAGGUGGCAGCAGAUAGCUGGUAAACUAAAGAGAAUCCGAGAUGUUGAAGAAGAUUUUCAUGCGUCUUUCUUCAAUUCCUGGGAGUCUAUCAGGGUUGUGUUCAACUAGACAGGACCAUGUGCGGUUUGUCAUGGGAGUUUUUUUCUAAGUUAAAUAUGUGCCAGGGCUCAAAGCAGGCUGGGAAACACCGGUCUAGUAAAUCAUUUCUGUUAGGCCAAUAAAAGCACUGGGAGGUUUGCUCAGCAACAGCGCCCCCUGCAGCCGUCACUAGAGUCACUUAAUGUCUCACUAAAGUACAUUUUUUUUAUUCCUCACGGAAUACUACACUGGAUUUUAAUGACUUAUUUUCUGUGUUAAUUAUUUAAAUUCCGAUAGACUUCUACUAUUUGGACCUAAUUUUGACGUCGUUGUUACAGAUGGUAACCACUUGCUAAAGACAGGGGCACUAACUGACUUGAAGAAAGCAGUGUAGACGUUUGUUUUACUGUAAACUAUCAUAUUAUUGCUUUGAAAAACUUCAGUUACACUAAAGGUGCUAGAGCCGUUUUUUUUAGAACUGCAGAACUUUUAUUUAUUGACGAUGAAAGAAAUGCAAAGGAUAAAUAUCAUGUCUUCAAGAAACCAUUGAAUUUCAUGUCAUUUAACUGCUUUAAUGGAAAAAAAAGACGGAUCAGGUCAACGGCACGGACGUCACUGCCCUAAAACGAUACACUUGAAGCUAGGUGUCCGUCUGUGACAGUUUCCUGCGAUAUCGCAAGCUGUAAUUGGAAGUAAUAUCCACGGGGUCCUCUACUUAUGUCGGAGUUCCGCUCCGACGGUGUGACGUAACUCAAUUUUUACUCCCACUGUACACAAUUAUUUCACUCACACUAACAGAGUUGUAACAUCAUAGUCUGGGACAUGAAAACAUCAGUCUGACUCACGCCUGGGAGUCAUAAUGAAGGGCAAAACGUUCCAAAAAAACCCAACACAAACGAAAGAAAGUGAACAUGUGUCUUCCAAUGUGCUCUAGUUGUGUUUUAACGAUGAAAGUAAGUCCAUGUUUUCUGUAGUGACAUGGACUUACCACAUGUGGUGCCGUGACAUGAGUCCUGUUGGUGGACUCAGUAUCUCUCCUUCCUUUAAUAUUUUCUAUUUAUUCUAACCCGUGGAUCGUCUUCUAUACCUGUGACGGUUUUUGCCUUAAGCCUGCUGACUGUUUGUUAUGGACACACACUGGAAUUAUUCAAACACCAUGAGCUUCUCUUUCUUGUUCCUAUUAAAAAAAAAAAAAAAAUUAAACCACUACAAAAACCUUUUUCUUUUGUUUAUUUUAAGAAAGGGGCAGGGAGACGGGCAUGUACGUACAAAUAUUUUGGAAAAAAAAAAAAAAGAAGCAAAACAACAUUUACAGUUACAUUUACUGUAUCUUUUCAUAAAAAGG